CUUUUUGAUCUCCGUAAACAAAGAAACUUGGUAUCACUGGUAUUUUGUGUCAAAAGUGAAGUCAUGUAAAAAAUGCAAUGGGCGUUUAACAGUGAAUAAAACGAAUUAUUUUCAAUAAACAUAAAGAAAAUCAACACAUUUAUAUUAAAAGUUAACGAAGAAGUUUAGUGAAUAUUUGAAAAAAUGAAGGAAUUUCUCUACGCAAUAUAAUCGCUGUUUUGACUAUAUGUAUGCGAGUAUAAUAAAAACCGCCCACCACCCAUCACCAAUAUUUUCUUUUUACGAGCCUGCGAGCGUUACAAAAUUGUAAUUCACAACACUAAAUUUGAGACCGACGAUAGUGCCAGUGGCCAACAGCGCCAAUUAAAGUUAAUUAAAUAUUAAAACAUUUAAUCACGUCAAAACAACGGUUUAAGUCUAAGGAUCACAUAAUAAUGCCACCAUUGAAGACAUACUCGCCACACAACGAAUUCAAUGCAAAUUGUCACAAUGGCAAUAGUACAACUGGCGAAGGUGAAAGUAAUACAUCGGCCGCUGCUGCAACAGCAUCUUCAAACUUAAGUGAUAUUUGUGGUGCUGUAAGCAAUGCAGGUGCACAGCAGCGCGCUUCACUGCCUUGUUACAGCAAUGCACAGUUUCCAUUCAAAGUGCUAGCCAAUUUAAAUCAAUUACGUGCAGAAUCGCGUUUCUGUGACGUAGAAAUUGUUGCUGGUGGUAUUACAUUCAAUGCACAUAGGGCUGUAUUAAGCGCGGCCAGCGCCUACUUUGAGGCAAUGUUCCGCCCUGAACUUGGUUUGAAUGAGGUGAAUCAAAAGUCAGUGGUGCUACACACCAUAGAUGGCGAGAUCUUAAGCAUUUUACUGGAUUUUAUAUAUACAGGACGAUGUGAAAUUACGCAGUCUAAUGUUCAAGAGCUAUUAGCUGCAGCUGAUAUGCUACAGUUGCCGGAAGUUGUUGACGGCUGCUGCGACUUUCUAUGCCGCGAAUUACAUGCCACCAACGCAUUGGGCAUUCUCCGCUUUGCAGAAGCUCAUAAUUGUGAGACUUUAAAGAAAAGUGCAUUGAACUUUGUGCACUCAAACUUUCCGGCGAUAACCCUCGAAGAUGAAUUUUUAGACACACCACAAACUCUGCUCGCUCAGCUACUGACUUCCGAGCAACUGCGUGUCGAUUCUGAAUCUCAAGUUUUCCAAGCGGCCCUACGUUGGAUAAAACAUGAUGUUACUCAACGUCGUUGCUACGUCUUCGACACGCUAUCACAUGUGCGUUUAGCACUUGUACCCGUCAAAGUAAUCGAUCAGGCAUUGAAGGAUUGCCGCGAUAUGUCCGUAAAGAUUGCCUUACGUUCUAUUUGUCGCGAUAUAGCCUCGAAGCGUGGCCAAUUAGUGCCACUACGUGUCUGUCCGCGUCAACAAGCUAAAAAGAACAUCUAUAUAAUUGGUGGCUCGCGGCGUGAGUCGCAACGUGACUGGACACCAUCCGAUUGUAUAUUUGAAACAGUCGCGAAAUUCGAUAUCUUUCGACGAGAAUGGUCGGAAACGGCACCAAUGGAAAUCGGACGCAUUCUGCCUGGUGUGGCUGCAUUGAAUGGGAAAAUAUAUGUCAUAGGUGGCGAACGUGGUUCUCAAAUUCUGGCUAAUGGUGAAGUAUAUGACCCACAAACUGAUGUUUGGACACCGAUAGCACCAAUGAUUGUGCCGCGUUGUGAGUUUGGUCUAUGCACCUUUGGUGGCACACUGCUGGCGGUGGGCGGCUGGUUAGGUGACGAUAUAGGUGGUUCAAUUGAGUGCUAUGAUCCCGAAAAAAAUGCAUGGAGCAAGUUGGGCGAUUUGCCAGAACCGCGUUUUAGUAUGGGCGUAGUCAGUUUUGAAGGACUUAUUUAUAUAGUUGGCGGCUGCACAACGUCAAGUCGUCAUUUGCCCGAUUUAAUAAGUUUCAACCCCAUAACUCUCGAUUGGCAACCGAUGGCACGUAUGCGCACCGCCCGCUGUCAAAUGGGUGUAGCCGUGCUAAAUCGUCAUCUCUACGUAGUGGGCGGCAACAGUAGUUCACAGGAUGUGCUGAGCACAGUUGAGCGUUACAGUUUCGACGAUAAUAAGUGGGAGAGUGUGUGCUCUAUGUCUGUACCACGUGCUAUACCCGCUGUAGCUGCUGCUGAUGGCCUACUAUAUGUGGCUGGCGGCGAUCAGCCGUGUGAGGAUAACUUCUAUCGUGCUCAUAUCACAAUCAACGCCGUGGAAGCAUAUGAUCCCCUGACUGACACUUGGAAGAAUUGCCCCGAUUUGCCUGUUGGGCGCUCGGAGGCUGGCGCUGUCGUUGUUUAACGCAUAUUUAUGCAUAGCAACGUGACACUUUUGGGCAAUAACAACUGCUGCGUUUAUAUCGUUGUGCGUUUAGUGAAAAUUAUAAAGUCUUUUACAAAACGUAUGCGAUAAAUUUAAUAUACGAUAGAUAGGGUAUGCAUUUGUAUUAUAUGUAUUUCCUGAUUUCAUAAUGUUAUGAUUUUUUAAAACAUUUUUUACAUUCUACAUAUAAAAUUAAAAUUAAGAUUUCGCAUUAAUAAGCCACAACUAUUCAUAUUAUUUUAAAAAUAUUAUUUUUGUAUGUUAUGCAUUUAUUAUAGUGCAAAUUGGAACGCCCUGCAAUAUGCAGUUUGAUUAAACUCUCAGGGUUGCAAAUAUUUUAAUUCCAAAAAUUUUGCAUUAAAAUUAAUUCAAUUUUUAGUUUCAAUUUUUUAUUAUAAUUUAAAUUUUCAAUUGCUUAUUCCAAAAUUAGAAUUUACCUUUUUGGAACAACAACAAAAAAGUUUAUGGUUCUAAUUUUUGUUUUAAUCAUUGAGUUUAAAAAUUUUGUUUGGAAUUAAAAAUUGAAAAUUUUUAAAAAAUAUUAUUGUUUUAAAAAUUUGAGUAACAAAUAGGAAAUUGUUUUCAAAUUAAAAACUGGAAUAGUUUAAAGAUUUUUAGUUAUUUGGAAGUAAUUGUUUUUUUUUCGUUCCGGUAUUUUUAACAAAAAUUUCUUUAUUUUUUGGUUCGGUAUUUGGGAUUCAACUCUGAAUUAUAUAUUUACUAAGAUUUUCGGAAUUACGAAAUAAAUAAUAUCUAAUUCGAAUGUUAAUUCAAAUAUUUUUGCAUAAUUUGCAACCCUGAAAAUUAAAAAUAAAACGGCAACUACACAUAAAAUUAAUAUAAAAAAUGCGCAAAUUGUUUUGAAAGUGCCUAAUAUUGGCACGUAAACAUCAAUACUUAAAUAAAUGAUACCAAAGCGAUCAAUAUAUUAUUUAAUGUUUUUUUGAACUUUUGAGCGCCAAGACUGUUGAAAAGUUCUUGCAAUUAUGUAUUUAUUCAAACCUUGCAGCAUUUUCUAAAAUGGAGUAAACAAAUAGGCUUCCAAUUGUAAUUGUUAACAAAACCUAAAUGAGAUAAAUAAAUACAGACAUACAUAUGUAUGUAUGUCAAAUUUAGUAAGUAAAAUCGAAAUUCACCGUAUCUACAAAAAAAAUAUUUAAAAAGACUACAAAGUUAAUUUGAAACGCUAUAAUAUUUAAAAUUACAAACUUACAUAUAACGGUGUCUUUUUCAUAACAAAACACAACAAAUGUAUGUAUGUAGGAAUCCUGUAGUGCGUAUUUAAAAUACCGUUAGCACUGUCUAUAAUAACUGCAAAUACAAAAUUAUCUGUGAAUAUGUUGUAACUAACAAUUGUAACUAAUUGUAUUAAAAAAGCUUUUAUUAUACUAAAAUGGAAGGAGGUUAUGUGACACGUCUAAUUUAUGGUUGAACUAAUGUGUCUUUUUUUGUAAUAAAAGCAGCAAAUUAUGCUCAUCAUUUUUGCUUUCAGAAAUGUUCAAACUGAGAAAAAAUCAAAUAAUAUAUAUAUGUAUACAUACAUAUAUAAAGUAAACUUUCAACGUUAACGCAUUGCUAAAAAAAAAAAAACAAAAAAAAAUAUAUAUUUUUAUUUGAAGCAGAUAUGUAUGUAUAUGUAACAGUACUAUUGAUGUUGUCACUUUACGAACUAUAAAACUGCGCUGCUAGUUGAAUAUACUUACAUAUGAGAUAAUCGCAGAAAUAUUAUGUAAUUGUUAUUUUUUAAGUUUGUGUAAAAUCGAUCUGAUCGUUCUAAAAUAAAAAAACAUAAAACAAGUAGGGAAGAGCCAAGUUCGGGUAUAACCGACUAUUACAUACUCUUGCAACAUGUAAGGAUAUAAACCAGGGGUUCAUAAAACCUGUUAGAUUUGUCCGAUUUCAUAAAUUUGGUUGUUCUAGCUUAACCGUUAGAUGAACAAAACUGUUAUACCCUGUAGCAACAUGUUGCAAGAGUAUAAAAAAUCAAACUCUUGCGAAGCUAACAAAUAAAAUUAUGCCACAUAAAUUGUUGUAUCAAAUGACUAAAUAGAGUACAGACAUAAGUAUUAACAUUAUCACUAGCUAUAAGAAAGAGCAAAUAAAAAAUAAUAUAAAUAUGUACAAAAGCUGUGUGUACUUCUUAAUAAAAACUUAUAUUAUCCUACGCAAAUAUCGCCAUCUAA